AUGUCACAUCUGACUGCUACUCUUCUUGGCAACGAAUUGGUCCAAAUUAUCGUUGGUCCUGAGCUCAAAGAAUUCUUCGUUCAUAGGGCUCUCAUCAGAUCAACCUGCGACUUCUUUGACAAAGCCUUUAACGGAAGAUUCAAGGAAGGUAUCGAGAACAAGAUGCAUCUUCCCGAGGACGAUCCAGAGAUUUUCGAAAUUUUUAUCAACUGGAUGUAUUCUGGGCAUCUUAAAGGAGGAUUAAGAGAGCCCAUGCUAAUUAUUGAGAUCUGGAUCUUCGCACAGAAGUGCCAAGCUAUAACCCUGAAGAACUGCGCCAUGAAUGCUCUACAAGAUGCGCUCGGCGAUGAAAGAAUCGGCCGAUUUCCAUUGUCUAAUUUUGAAGUUACACAUAUAUACGAGCAUACAACAUGGGGUGAUGAGUUGCGAGUAUUUGCGAUCGCGAUGUUAGCGUGGGAGAUUCCGUUUGGAGAUCCAGAAGAUGUUGCUAAUUUGGAAAGCAUAUUCAACGAUAUGAAUGGCUUGUUGGAAGAAGUUUUAGAGUUUACGCGCGAUCUUGGAGAGAUGCCUGUUGCUGAUCCGAGAGUUCGAGGCGGUCGCUAUGAUAAAUGUGCGUUUCAUGAGCAUAACGAUAACGACGAAUUGAUUUGCGUCGCGGCAUUGAAUUCUCAUCAAUAUAGAAAUAUACACUAG